GUACCUCAUACACUGGACUUACAUCAGAUCACGUAUAUGUUGUAUUCUCAACAUCAACAGUUCAUCAUAAUCUGCCGUGAUGGCUGAUCAAUGCAUUGUGUGUCUGGAAAAUCUAGACCCGAGGCUGUCAUCACCGCCUUCGCAGUUGCUGCUAUUUUCCGAAGACGAUGACCGGUUGGAGAGCUCCUCCUCUGGUCUGCCGACGUUCACGCACACAGAGGCAGCAGCAGACCCCGACCUAGAGGCACCACCACAGCUGCUGUCAUCAUCGUCAGCAAAGUCUCCACUCCGCAACGCCACCGACCUUGCCAAUCAUGACACUCCAGACAGCAAGAUUGCCGUCAUUCAGAUUUGCGGCCACGUCCUGCAUGAUGCCUGCUUGCGGGAGUGGACUGGAAAGGCGAAUAGCUGCCCCAUUUGCCGACAAGCAUUCCACCUCGUGCACGUCUACGACAAGGUUGGAGGUACCCAACUGUCUUCGUACAAGGUAGAGGACAAGAAGCAAGUCGCCGAGUUCGAUCCCCAGGCAUGGUUGAACGAUAACCCUGAAGAGGAAGAGGCGGCGAUUCCCUGCGCCAUCUGCAACCAGUCCGACCACGAAGACGUCCUGCUCCUGUGCGAUAGCUGCGAUGCACCCUACCAUACAUAUUGUGUUGGGCUUGACAGUGUCCCCCGAGGGCAUUGGUUCUGCCUCGAGUGCUCAGAGGCUGCUGCCGAGCUCUUGGGCGCCGAGCUUCAGGACCCAGACCCCGAUGUAACCGGCUUCUCCGAUGGCCGUUCUGAUUAUUUGCCGCGCACACAAGCCGCCAUGCGGCGGGUGAGGCGGCGAGCCCGAUCUGAUGAGUGGCAGGGUGCCUGGGGUCAAAUUGCAGGCCAGGUUUGGGACGCAUUAAGCCUGGACCUCGAUAACCACGACGACGACGACGACGCUUUGCGAAACUACCGACGGUCGCAGCAGCGACGAGAGCGGGAACGACGCGAAUACCAGAGAUGGCAGCAACGCUUCAAUAUAGCGACUCGCCUUGGGGCGCACGACGUGUUCGCUCGUGGUCUCCCGAAUUCUAUCUCACACGUCGUCGCACACCGACAACAGCACCCGCAGCCGCCCCCGCCCCCCCAGGAAACGCCGGAAGAGAGGCAAGCCUGGGGCGCGCUAGAGAAGGCUAUGGAAGCCAACAAUACCACUCGCACCACUCCAAAUCAUCGAAAACGAAAGUCCCGCUCGGUGACCACCUCCCCAGUUGAACCACCACAGCAGCCAGAACGCAAGUUAAAACGGCCGCGGACCAGACGGGCACCCACGACGGGCGAAGCAUCGUCCUCCAAUGGAGCCUCGACGCAGACCGUACAUACUCCUGUCUCGUUACCUUCUAGGUCGACCCAGCCAGGAGCUAGCCAGGCUCCAUCCUUCCUCUCUUCAUUAUUGAAGGAGGUCGAGAUGAGCACGCCCUCCGACGACGAGAACGUGCGUGCCCUCUUCAGCAUGCCGAAGGCCACAGCCGAUCCGUCAUCACCCGUCUCAUCCCCGUCGCCUUCUGUUUACAACAGCCCUCGAGCCCUCUCGACUACUCCGCCGCCGCGUGGUAUUAAUGACCGCCCGGGAUCACCGCUCUCUCUCAGCUCGCAUAUAGAGCCGAUCUACCCGCCCGCAAACUACAUGCCAACCCGAGGCAAUGGUGAUCAUAGCGACUCCGAAUCGAGAUCGCGCCAAUCUGUACGCCCCCAUCACAACAGCGAGGCGCGUAGUCAUUCUCCUGAGAUUCGGCAACCUCGACCACGGCGCCGACAAUCGGCAAAUAUCAGCAGCAAUUUAUCUCUGGCGCAAGAUGUCUCCCCGACGCGUGCGGCAUUGCCGUUUGAGAUGAAAGAAAGUAUCAGUGGCAUUGUUAAGGACGCACUAAAACCUCACUGGCGGUCUGGGCACCUCACAGCCGAUCAGUACGCCUCGAUUAACCGUGACCUGAGCCACAAAUUGUACAAGGAGGUUUCUGAGGUUGCCCUCAACGAUGAUGCUCGGCAACGCUUUGAGAAAAUCGCAACCAAGGAGGUCGCAAAGGCCGUUGCGGAUCUUAAGGUGUGACCUCGCCGCAAACCUCGUCGUAACAAGGACGAGAACAACGAAUACGAACAGUGGGCAUUUAUGCGGCGUUACAAGGCUCACGGAACCAUCAUUGGAAGAUUCGAGCAACCGGUAGAGUCAUUGCUCCUGUCUAGAUACCCCCCCCCCCC